AUGACUUUCCUUGUGAAAGUAAAUUUCAUCUAUCUACCAAAGAGCAAACAUCCUGGGUCAUGGUCAAAAGAGUCUGAGAAAGGUAUUGGUGCUGCUCAUGAUGGACAAGUUUGCAGCACAUGGGGUAAUCAGUACUUUAAGACCUUUGAUGGUGAUGUGUUCUACUUUCCUGGAACAUGCAACUAUCUGUAUGCUUCAAACUGCAAGAGCAACUUUGAAGAUUUCAACAUCCAGAUCCGACGUUCUAUUGUUAAUGAGCUACCAACUAUCAGUCACAUCGCCGUAAAGAUUGAUGGCAUUUACAUUGAACUACAAAAUGGCACAGUAUCUCUCAAUAGCCAACCGGUGGACUUACCAUACAGUUAUUCUGGAGUUCAGAUUGGUAGGGCUGGCUUAUACGUUAAGCUUGUUGCUCGGCUGGGUCUACAAUUGAUGUGGAAUGAAGAUGAUGCUAUUUUGUUGGAGCUGGAUCCGAAAUUUGCCAACCAGACAUGUGGACUUUGUGGAGACUACAAUGGGAUUCCAAUUUACAAUGAGUUUAUUACAAACAAUGUUCAAGUGAGUGACAUUCAGUACGGAAACAUGCAGAAGUUGAAUGGACCAAAGGAGUCUUGCCAAGACGUAACAGAGACUGCACAGAGCAACUGCAAUGACACAAGGAAAAUAUGUGAGGAGGUGCUGACAGGCACAGCAUUUUCCCAGUGUAACACCCUGGUGAAUCCAGAUCAGUACAUUGAUGCCUGUGUCCAGGACCUAUGUAGAUGUGGACAAGAUGCAAUUGGAUUUUGCUUGUGUAGCACCUUUUCUGAGUAUUCUCGCAUAUGUACCCAUGCUGGGGGGACUCCAAGCAACUGGAGAACCGCUCAAGUCUGUCCAAUGUCAUGCAGUUAUAACUUGGAGUACAGGGAAUGUGGAAGUCAAUGCCCUAACACUUGCUCCAACCCGGACAGCUCACCAGUCUGUGACAAUCACUGCAUCGAUGGAUGCUUCUGCCCUGCAGGAACUGUCUUUAAUGACAUUAAUAACACUGGCUGCAUUCCUGCUCAGCAAUGUUCUUGUACUUACAAUGGCCAAGUCUACUCAUCAGGAAGUGGAUACUCUGCUCAGUGUCAAUCUUGCACCUGUACUGCAGGCAAGUGGAGCUGCUUUGAGAAGGCAUGUCCUGGAACCUGCUCAGUAGAGGGAGGAUCUCACAUCACCUCCUUUGAUCUUACUAGUUACACCUUCCAUGGAGACUGCAGCUAUGUAUUAUCAAAGACGUGUUAUAACAGUACAUUCAGCUUGCUGGGAGAGAUUCGUAUAUGUGGUUUGACUAACACAGAGACUUGUCUGAAGAGUGUGUCCCUAAGUUUGAAUGAUGGGAAAGAUUUUAUCUAUGUGAAACCCUGCGGCAGUGUAUAUGUCAAUUCACUCUACACCCAGUUGCCCAUCUCAUCAGGUAUUGUUACCAUCUUCAAACCUUCCUCCUUCUUCAUCAUUGUGCAGACCAACUUUGGGCUGCAGCUACAAAUCCAGCUUAUUCCCACUAUGCAGCUCCACAUCAACUUGGACUCAUCAUAUAGGAAUGAAGUCUGUGGUCUUUGUGGAAAUUUCAAUAACAUACAAGCUGAUGAUUUCAAGGUCCUGAGUGGAGUGAUUGAAGGAACUGGCUCUUCCUUCGCUAAUACCUGGAUGACUCAAGCAGAUUGCCCAAUUGUUUCAAACAGUUUUGAAAAGCCAUGUUCCCUCAGCACUGAGAAUGAGCUGUAUGCUAUACACUGGUGCUCUAUGAUAAGUGAUACAGCAGGAGUUUUUGCAGAAUGUCAUUCAAAAGUUAACCCAGAUGUCUACGUGCAGAACUGUAUGUUUGAUUCCUGCAACUGUCCCAAUAGUGAGGAAUGCAUGUGUGCAGCGCUGUCCUCUUAUGUAUACGCCUGUGCCAUGAAGGGAGUUAUUCUGAGAGGUUGGAGGCAAAAUGUCUGCAGUACAUAUGCAACCAACUGCCCUGCAUCCCUGGCAUAUAGUUACUCAAUCAAUACCUGCCAGCCUACCUGCCGCUCCCUCAGCAGUCAAGACAUCACCUGUGACAUCUCAUUUGUUCCCGUGGAUGGCUGCAUUUGCCAAACUGGAACCUACCUGGAUGACAGUGGAAGAUGUGUGUCUCCUUCUGCCUGCUCUUGUUAUUACAGGGGCACAGCAGUACCACCUGGAGAAGUGGUUCAUGACAAUGGAGCUAUAUGUACCUGCUCUUCUGGAAAACUAGACUGCAUUGGAAAAACAGACAUUACAGGUAUGUUAUGUGCUGCGCCAAUGGUCUAUUUUGACUGCACAAAUCGGACAAGUGCAAAUGGAGUAGAGUGCCAGAAGAGUUGCCAAAUCCUGGACAUGCAGUGUUACAGCACACAAUGUAUUUCAGGAUGCAUUUGCCCUUAUGGACUGAUAUCUGAUGGUAAUGGUGGAUGUGUGACUGAAGAUGCCUGUCCUUGUGUACACAACAAUGAAGUCUAUUCUCCAGGCUCUACAAUCAAAAUGCAGUGUAACACCUGUACUUGUCAAAACCGAAACUGGGAGUGUACUAGUGAUUCAUGUAUGGGAACCUGUACAAUAUAUGGGGACGGUCACUACAUUACAUUUGACACCAAGAGAUACAUCUUCAGUGGAAACUGUGAAUAUACAUUGGCUCAAGAUUACUGUGGCAGUGACCCUUCCAUUGGAACAUUCAGGAUAAUUACUGAGAACAUUCCAUGCGGCUCAACAGGCACAACCUGCUCUAAAUCUAUCAAGGUCUUCCUUGGUAAUUAUGAACUUAUCCUGAAUGAUGCAAAAUUUGAGGUAGUAGAACUUGAUGCUGGAGAGUAUGUACCCUACAAGGUGCACCAAAUGGGCAUUUACAUGGUGAUUGAAGCCCUCAAUGGAUUAGUGUUGGUGUGGGACAAGAAGACUACCAUCUUUGUCAAGUUGGAAAAAAUUUUGCAGGGUGCAGUGUGCGGACUGUGUGGAAACUAUGACGGAAAUGCAAAUAAUGAUUUCACUACUAGAAGUCUGUCACUGGUAGGAAAUGUAGUUGAAUUUGGAAACAGUUGGAAGCUAUCUCCAAGCUGCCCAGAUGCAGUGGACCUGAAGGACCCUUGUACGCUGAACCCCUACAGGAAAUCUUGGGCGCAGAGACAAUGUAGCAUCAUUACUAGCUCUACAUUUGCUGAUUGCCAUGCUUUGGUGGAUCCAUUGGUGUAUUAUGAUGCUUGCGUGCAUGAUGCUUGUGCCUGUGAUACUGGCGGAGAUUGUGAGUGCUUCUGUACAGCUGUAGCCUCAUAUGCCCAAGCCUGCAGUGAAGCUGGAACCUGUGUCCGCUGGAGAAACCCAUCAUUGUGUCCACUGUUCUGUGAUUACUACAACAGCGAAGGAGAAUGUGAGUGGCACUAUAGACCAUGUGGAGAUUAUGGCUCUGGUUCUGAGUGUUUAAAAACAUGCAGGAACCCAAGCGGAACCUGUUACCAUGACUUGCCAGGCCUGGAAGGGUGCUACCCUAACUGCCCCGAAGAGACACCUUACUAUGACGAAGAUAUUAAUCAGUGUGUGGCCACAUGUGACUGCUUCGAUAACUAUGGGAAUUCAUACCCCAUUGGGGAUACAGUGCCAUCAUCCAACAAUGAGUCUUGUUCAGUCUGCAAUUGCACGGAAGAAGGCAUAAAAUGUUACAACCUCACAAAUUGCUGCAUAUAUGCAGGUCAUAUAUAUAAGGAUAAUGAGAUAAUCUACAGCACCACAGAUGGCAUUGGGGGAUGUAUCACAGCUAUAUGUUACAAUGGAACCAUAAGUAGAACAAUUGAGCCUUGUACAACAACUCCACCUCCUACAACGUUUCAUUUCUCUACUACACCUCCUGCUACUACGACAAUUGGUUACUCUACUGCCCCUCCAGUCACCACUUCAAGCAUAACUACAGCGACAACAGUCUGUGCAGAGUGCACCUGGUCACAAUGGUAUGACGUGACAUAUCCAAGGAUUGAGACUGGCAACAAUGACACAGGAGACUUUGAAACAUUUACUAACAUUAGAAACGCAGGAUACGAUAUUUGUGAAUCACCUCGCAAUGUAAUCUGCAGAGCAAAGGCAUUUCCAGAGACUAAUUUGGAGGAUUUAAUGCAAAUUGUAACAUGCAAUAAGGAUAUUGGACUGAUCUGUUAUAACUCUUAUAAUCUACCAGUCUGCUACAACUAUGAAAUAAGUAUAGAAUGUUGUGAUUCUCUUACAUCAUGUGAAACAGAGACCACCCUAAUUCCAACAACUAUUUCACAAUCCUCAACUACUGAAAUAUAUACAGAAACAACAACCCCAAGCGCUAUUUCAACUAGUAUCUCAACAUCCACUCCCGUAACCAUUACACAGACAACAACACUUACAAGCAGUGUAUCAACAUCUUCUGUAACUCCACCCACUGUUACAGAAACACAAAGUACAAGCACUGUAUCAACUAGUACCUUAACUUCCACACCUGUUACCAACACAGAGGCACCUUCCUCUGCUACACUUUCAACUAGUACCCAAACAUCUGCCACAGUAACACACACAGAGACAACACCUUCUAGCAGUGUACCAACAAUUUCUGAGACAACACCCACAUUAACUAUUUUAACUAGUACCUCAACUUCUACACCCGUAACCAUUACAGAGACAACAACCUCUACUACUGCUUCAACUAGCACACCAACAUCUGCCACAGUAACUCUUACAGAGACAACACCCACAGUCACUGUUUCAACAAUUACCUCCACUUCACCAACUGUAACAAAUACAGCGAUAACACCACCCACGAGCGGUGUAUCAACAAGUUAUGUAUCUCCAACAUCCACAGUUACAGAAACAACACCCAACAGCACUGGUUCAACAAGUACCUCAACUUCAACAACUGUAACAAAUACAGUGACAACAACACCUACCAGCAGUGUAUCAACAAGUUCCGUAACUCCAAUAUCCACAGUUACUGAGACAACACCCACCGGCACUGCUUCAACAAGUAUUUCCACUUCAACACCUGUAACCAUAACACAGACAACAACACCCAGUAGCAGUGUAUCAACAAGUUCUGUUAUUCCAUCAACAGUUACAGAAACACCAUCCACCAGCACUGUUUCAACAAGUACCUCCACUUCAACACCUGUAACAAAUACAGAGACAAUAUCUACCAGCAGUGUAUCAACUAGUUCUGUAACUCCAACAUCCACUGUUACAGAGACAACACCCACCAGCACUGGUUCAACAAGUACCUCAACUUCGACAACUGUAACCAAUACACAGACAACAACACCUACUAGCACUGUAUCAACAAGUCCUGUAAGUCCAUCCACAGUUACAAAGACACCAUCCACCAGCACUGUUUCAACAAGUACAUCCACUUCAACACCUGUAACAAACACAGCGAUAUCACCUACCAUCAGUGUAUCAACAAGUUCUGUAACUCCAACAUCCACAGUUACUGAGACAACACCCACCAGCAUUGUUUCAACAAGUACCUCAACUUCAAAACCUGUAACGAUUACACAGACAACAACACCUGCCAGCAGUGUAUCAACAAGUUCCGUAACUCCAACAUCCACAGUUACUGAGACAACACCCACCAGCACUGCUUCUACAAGUACUUCCACUUCAACACUUGUAACCAUAACACAGACAACAACACCCAGUAGCAGUGUAUCAACAAGUUCUGUUAUUCCAUCAACAGUUACAGAAACACCAUCCACCAGCACUGUUUCAACAAGUACAUCCACUUCAACACCUGUAACAAAUACAGCGAUAUCACCUACCAGCAGUAUAUCAACAAGUUCUGUAACUCCAACAUCCACAUUUACUAUUAAAACAAGUACCUCAACUUCAACACCUGUUACCAUGACACAGACAACAACACCUACCAGCAGUGUGUCAACAAGUUCCAUAACUACAACAUCCACAGUUACAGAGACAACACCCACCAGACCUGCUUCAACAAGUCCUUCAACUUCAACACCUGUAUCCAUAACACAGACAACAACACCUACCAGCAGUGUUUCAACAAGUUCUGUUACUCCAUCCACAGUUACAGAGACAUCAUCCACCAGCACUGUUUCAACAAGUACUUCCACUUCAACACCUGUAACAAAUACAGCGACAACAACACCUACCAGCAGUGUAUCAACAAGUUCUGUAACUCCAACAUCAACAGUUACAGAAGCAACACCCACCAGCACUGUUACAACAAGUACCUCAACUUCAACACAUGUAACCAAUACACAGACAACACCUACUAGCAGUGUAUCAACAAGUUCUGUUACGCCAUCCACAGUUACAGAAACAAUAUCCACCAGUACUGCUUCAACAAGUACCUCAACUUCAAUACCUGUAACCAAUACACAGACAACAACUACUAGCAGUGUUUCAACAAGUUCUGUUACUCCAUCCACAGUUACAGAGACACCAUCCACCAGCACUGUUUCAACAAGUACUUCCACUUCAACACCUGUAACUAUUACACAGACAACACCUACCAUCAGUGUUUCAACAACUUCCGUAACUCCAACAUCAACAGUUACAGAAACAACACCCACCAGCACUGUUACAACAAGUACCUCCACUUCAACACCUGUAACCAAUACACAGACAACAACAACUACUAGCAGUGUAUCAACAACUUCUGUUACUCCAUCCACAGUUACAGAAACACAAUCUACCAGCACUGUUUCAACCAGUACCUCCACUUCACCAACUGUAACAAAUACAGAGACAAUACCUACCAGCAGUUCAUCAACAAGUUCUGUAACUCCAACAUCCACAGUUACACAAACACCAUCCACCAGCACUGUUACAACAAGUACCUCAACUUCAACACCUACAACACCUACCAGCAGUGUGUCAACAAGUUCAAUAACUCCAACAUCCACAGUGACAGAGACAACACCCACGAGCACUGCUUCAACAAGUACCUCAACUUCAACACCUGUAACCAAUACACAGACAACAACUACUAGCAGUGUUUCAACAAGUUCUGUUACUCCAUCCACAGUUACAGAGACACCAUCCACCAGCACUGUUUCAACAAGUACUUCCACUUCAACACCUGUAACUAUUACACAGACAACACCUACCAUCAGUGUUUCAAUAACUUCCGUAACUCCAACAUCCACAGUUACUGAGACAACACCCACCAGCACUGCUUCAACAAGUACCUCAACUUCAACACCUGUAACCAAUACACAGACAACAACUACUAGCAGUGUAUCAACAACUUCUACAAUACCUACCAGCAGUUCAUCAACAGGUUCUGUAACUCCAACAUCCACAGUUACACAAACACCAUCCACCAGCACUGUUACAACAAGUACCUCAACUUCAACACCUACAACACCAGCCAGCAGUGUGUCAACAAGUUCAAUAACUCCAACAUCCACAGUUACAGAGACAACACCCACGAGCACUGCUUCAACAAGUACCUCCACUUCAACACCUGUAACCAAUACACAGACAACACCUACUAGCAGUGUAUCAGCAAGUUCUGUUACGCCAUCCACAGUUACAGAAAUACCAUCCACCAGCACUGUUUCAACAAGUACCUCAACUUCAACACCUGUAACCAUUACACAGACAAUACCUAUCAGCAGUGUUUCAAUAACUUCCGUAACUCCAACAUCCACAGUUACUGAGACAACACCCACCAGCACUGCUUCAACAAGUACCUCAACUUCAACACCUGUAACCAAUACACAGACAACAACAACUAGCAGUGUUUCAACAAGUUCCAUAACGUCAACAUCCACAGUUACAGAGACAACACCCACCAGACCUGCUUCAACAAGUACCUCAAUUUCAACACCUGUAUCCAUAACACAGACAACAACACCUACCAGCAGUGUUUCAACAAGUUCUGUUGCUCCAUCCACAGUUACAGAGACACCAUCCACCAGCACUGUUUCAACAAGUACUUCCACUUCAACACCUGUAACUAUUACACAGACAACACCUACCAUCAGUGUUUCAACAACUUCCGUAACUCCAACAUCAACAGUUACUGAGACAACACCCACCAGCACUGCUUCAACAAGUACCUCAACUUCAACACCUGUAACCAAUACACAGACAACAACUACUAGCAGUGUUUCAACAAGUUCUGUUACUCCAUCCACAGUUACAGAGACACCAUCCACCAGCACUGUUUCAACAAGUACUUCCACUUCAACAGAGGUAACCAUUAUACAGACAACACCUAUCAGCAGUGUUUUAAUAUCUUCCGUAACUCCAACAUCCACAGUUACUGAGACAACACCCACCAGCACUGCUUCAACAAGUACCUCAACUUCAACACCUGUAACCAAUACACAGACAACAACUACUAGCAGUGUAUCAACAACUUCUGUUACUCCAUCCACAGUUACAGAAACACAAUCUACCAGCACUGUUUCAACCAGUACCUCCACUUCACCAACUGUAACAAAUACAGAGACAAUACCUACCAGCAGUUCAUCAACAGGUUCUGUAACUCCAACAUCCACAGUUACACAAACACCAUCCACCAGCACUGUUACAACAAGUACCUCAACUUCAACACCUACAACACCAGCCAGCAGUGUGUCAACAAGUUCAAUAACUCCAACAUCCACAGUUACAGAGACAACACCCACGAGCACUGCUUCAACAAGUACCUCCACUUCAACACCUGUAACCAAUACACAGACAACACCUACUAGCAGUGUAUCAGCAAGUUCUGUUACGUCAUCCACAGUUACAGAAAUACCAUCCACCAGCACUGUUUCAACAAGUACCUCAACUUCAACACCUGUAACCAUUACACAGACUAUACCUAUCAGCAGUGUUCCAAUAACUUCCAUAACUCCAACAUCCACAGUUACUGAGACAACACCCACCAGCACUGCUUCAACAAGUACCUCAACUUCAACACCUGUAACCAAUACACAGACAACAACUAGCAGUGUUUCAACAAGUUCCAUAACGUCAACAUCCACAGUUACAGAGACAACACCCACCAGACCUGCUUCAACAAGUACCUCAAUUUCAACACCUGUAUCCAUAACACAGACAACCUCACCUACCAGCAGUGUUUCAACAAGUUCUGUUACUCCUACUUCCACUUCAACACCUGUAACUAUUACACAGACAACACCUACCAUCAGUGUUUCAACAACUUCCGUAACUCCAACAUCCACAGUUACUGAGACAACACCCACCAGCACUGCUUCAACAAGUACCUCAACUUCAACACCUGUAACCAAUACACAGACAACAACUACUAGCAGUGUAUCAACAACUUCUGUUACUCCCUCCACAGUUACAGAAACACCAUCUACCAGCACUGUUUCAACCAGUACCUCCACUUCACCAACUGUAACAAAUACAGAGACAAUACCUACCAGCAGUGCAUCAACAAGUUCUGUAACUCCAACAUCCACAGUUACACAAACACCAUCCACCAGCACUGUUAUAACAAGUACUUCAACUUCAACACCUGUAACCAUUACACAGAAAACUACACCUGCCAGCAGUGUGUCAACAAGUUCCAUAACUCCAACAUCCACAGUUACAGAGACAACACCCAUCAGCACUGCUUCAACAAGUACCUCAACUUCAACUCCUGUAACCAUAACACAGACAACACCUACUAGCAGUGUAUCAACAAGUUCUUUUACGCCAUCCACAGUUACAGAGACACCAUCCACCAGCACUGUUUCAACAAGUACUUCCACUUCAACACCUGUAACAAAUUCAGCGACAACAACACCUACCAUCAGUGUUUCAACAACUUCCGUAACGCCAACGUCCACAGUUACAGAGACAAGACCCACCAGCACUGGUUCAACAAGUACCUCAACUUCGACACCUGUAACCAUUACACAGACUACAACACCUACCAGCAGUGUGUCAACAAGUUCUGUUACGCCAUCCACAGUUACAGAGACACCAUCCACCAGCACUGUUUCAACAAGUACUUCCACUUCAACACCUGUAACAAAUACAGUGACAACAACACCUACCAGCAGUGUAUCAACAAGUUCUGUAACUCCAACAUCCACAGUUACAGAAACAACACCCACCAGCACUGCUUCAACAAGUACCUCAACUUCGACACCUGUAACAAAUACACAGACACCUACUAGCAGUGUAUCAACAAGUUCUGUUACUGCAUCCAAAGUUACAGAGACACCAUCCACCAGCAGUGUUUCAACAAGUACUUCCACUUCAACACCUGUAACAACAACACCUAGCAGCAGUGUAUCAACAAGUUCUGUAACUCCAACAUCCACAAUUACAGAGACAACACCCACCAGCACUGCUUCAACAAGUACCUCCACUUCAACACCUGUAACCAUUACACAGACAACACCUAUCAGCAGUGUUUCAACAACUUCCAUAACUUCAACGUCCACAGUUACAGAGACAACACCCACCAACACUGCUAUAACAAGUACCUCAACUACAGCACCUUUAACCAAUACACAGACAACAACACCUACCAGCAGUGUGUCAACGAGUUCUGUUACUCCAUCCACAGUUACAGAGACACCAUCCACCAGCACUGUUUCAACAAGUAUUUCCACUUCAACACCUGUAACAAAUACAGUGAUAACAACAACUACAAGCAGUGCAUCAACAAGUUCUAUAACAACAUCCACAGUUACAGAAACAACACCCACCAGCACUGUUACAAAGAGUACCUCAACUUCAACACCUGUAACCAUUACACAAACAACACCUACCAUCAACGUUUCAACAACUUCCGUAACUCCAACGUCCACAGUUACAGAGACAACACCCACCAACACUGCUUCAACAAGUACACCAACUUCAACACCUGUAACUAAUACACAUACACCUACUAGCAGUGUAUCAACAAGUUCUGUUACUGAAUCCACAGUUACUGAGACAACACCUACCAGCACUGCUUCAACAAGUACCUCAACUUCAACACCUGUAACCAAUACACAGACAACACCUACUAGCAGUGUAUCAACAAGUUCUGUUACUCCAUCCACAGUUACAGAGACACCAUCCACCAGCACUGUUUCAACAAGUACUUCCACUUCAACGUCUGUAACAAAUACAGCGACAACAACACCUACCAGCAGUGUAUCAACAAGUUCUGUAACUCCAACAUCCACAGUUACAGAAACAACACCCACCAGCACUGGUUCAACAAGUACCUCAACUUCGACACCUGUAACCAUUAUACAGACAACACCUGCCAGCAUUGUGUCAACAAGUUCCAUAACUCCAACAUCCACAGGUACAGAGACAACACCAACUAGCACUGCUUCAACAAGUACCUCAACUUUAACACCUGUAACCAAUACACAGACACCUACUAGCAGUGUAUCAACAAGUUCUGUUACUCCAACAUCCACAGUUACAGAGACACCAUCCACCAGCACUGUUUCAACAAGUACUUCCACUUCAACACCUGUAACAAAUACAGCGACAACAACACCUACCAGCAGUGUAUCAACAAGUUCUGUAACUCCAACAUCCACAGUUACUGAGACAACAUCCACUAGCACUGCUUCAACAAGUACCUCCACUUCAACACCUGUAACCAUUACACAGACAACACAAUCUACCAGCAGUCUUUCAACAAGUUCCAUACCUUCAACAUCCACAUUUACAGAGACAUCAUCCACCAGCACUUCAACACCUGUAACAGUUACACAGACAAUACCUACCAGCAGUUUAUCAACAAGUUCUGUUACUUCAUCCACAGUUACAGAGACACCAUCCACUAGCACUGUUACAACAAGUACCUCAACUUCAACACCUGUAACAAAUACAGCAACAACUACCAGCAGUGUAUCAACAAGUUCUGUAACUCCAACAUCCACAGUUACUGCUACAACAAGUACCUCAACUUCAACACCUGUAACCAUUACACAGACAAUAACACCUACCAACAGUGUGUCAACAAGUUCCAUAACUCCAACAUCAACAGUUACUGAGACAACACCCACCAGCAAUGCUUCAACAAGUACCUCAACUUCAACACCUGUAACCAGUACACAGACAACAACACCUACUAGCAGUGUAUCAACAAGUUCUACAACAACUCCUACAAGCAGUGUUUCAACAAGUUCUAUAACUCCAACAUCCACAGUUACUGAGACAACACCCACCAGCACUGCUUCAACAAGUACCUCCACUUCAACACUUGUAACCAGUACAAAGACAACAACACCUACUAGUAGUGUAUUAACAAGUUCUGUUACUCCAUCCACAGUUACUGAGACGCUACCCACCAGCACUGUUUCAACAAGUACCUCCACGUCAACACCUGUAACAAAUACAGUGACAACAACACCUACAAGCAGUGUAUCAACAAGUUCUUUAACUCCAACAUCCAUAGUUACUGAGACAACACCCACCAGCACUGCUUCAACAAGUACCUCCACUUCAACACCGGUAACCAGUACACAGACAACAAUACCUAAUAGCAGUGUAUCAACAAGUUCUGGUACUCCAUCCACAGUUACAGAGACACCAUCCACCAGCACUGUUACAACAAGUACCUCAACUUCAACAGAGGUAACCAUUACACAGACAGCAACACCUAUCAGCAGUGUGGCAACAAGUUCAAUAACUCCAACAUCCACAAUUACAGAGACAACACCCACCAGCACUGCUUCAACAAGUACCUUAACUUCAACACCUAUAACCAGUAAACAGACAACAACUCCUACAAGCAGUGUUUCAACAAGUUCUAUAACUCCAACAUCCACAGUUACUGAGACAACACCCACCAGCACUGCUUCAACAAGUACCUCCACUUCAACACUUGUAACCAGUACAAAGACAACAACACCUACUAGUAGUGUAUUAACAAGUUCUGUUACUCCAUCCACAGUUACUGAGACGCUACCCACCAGCACUGUUUCAACAAGUACCUCCACGUCAACACCUGUAACAAAUACAGUGACAACAACACCUACAAGCAGUGUAUCAACAAGUUCUUUAACUCCAACAUCAACAGUUACUGAGACAACACCCACCAGCACUGCUUCAACAAGUACCUCCACUUCAACACCGGUAACCAGUACACAGACAACAAUACCUAAUAGUAGUGUAUUAACAAGUUCUGUUACUCCAUCCACAGUUACUGAGACGCUACCCACCAGCACUGUUUCAACAAGUACCUCCACGUCAACACCUGUAACCAUUACACAGACAACAACACCUACUAGCAGUGUAUCAACAAGUUCUGUAACUCCAAUAUCCACAGUUACAGAAACAACACCCACCAGCACUGUUACAACAAGUACCUCAACUUCAACACUUGUAACUAUUACACAGAGACCACCACCUACGAGCAGUGUAUUAACAACUUCUGUUACUCCAUCCACAGUUACAGAGUCACCAUCCACGAGCACUGUUUCAACAAGUACUUCCACUUCAACACCUGUAACAAAUACAGCAACAACAACACGUACUAGCAGUGUAUCAACAAGUUCUCUUACUCCAUCCACAGUUACAGAGACACCAUCCACCAACACUGUUUCAACAAGUACCACAGCUUCAACUCCUUUAACCAAUACACAGACUAAAACACCUACUAGCAGUUUAUCAACAAGUUCUGUUACUCCAUCCACAGUUACAAAGACAUCAUCCACCAGCAUUGUUUCAACAAGUACUUCCACUUCAACACCUGUAACAAAUACAUUGACAACAACACCUACUAGCAGUGCAUCAACAAGUUCUUUAACUCCAACAUCUGCAGUUAUUGAGACAACACCCACUAGCACUGUUUCAACAAGUACCUCCACUUCAACACCUGUAACCAUUACACAGACAACACAACCUACCAGCAGUGUUUCAACAAGUUCCUUAACUCCAACAUCGACAGUUACAGAGACAACACCCACCAGCACUGCUUCAACAAGUACCUCCACUUCAACACCUUUAACCAUUACACAGAUAACAACAUCUACUAGCAGUGUAUCAACAAGUUCUGUUACUCCAUCCACAGUUACAGAAACUCUAUCCACCAGCACUGUUUCAACAAGUACCUCCACUUCAACACCUGUAACAAAUACAGUGACAAAACCUACCAGCAGUGUAUCAACAAGUUAUGUAACUCCAACAUCCACAGUUACAGAAACAGCACCCACCAGCACUGUUACAAGUACCUCAACGUCAACACCUGUAACCAUUACACAGACAACAACACCUACCAGCAGCGUUUCAACAACUUCUGUUACUCCAACAUCCACAGUUACAGAAACAACACCCACCAGCACUGUUACAAGUACCUUAACUUCAACACCUGUAACCAAUAAAAGGACAACAACACCUACUAGCAGUGUAUCAACAAGUUCUGUUACUCCAUCCACAGUUACAGAGUCACCAUCCACCAGCACUGUUUCAACAAGUACUUCCACUUCAACACCUGUAACAAAUACAGUGACAACAACACCUACCAGCAGUGUAUCAACAAGUUCUGUAACUCCAACAUCUGCAGUUACUGAGACAACACCCACUAGCACUGUUUCAACAAGUACCUCAACUUCAACACCUGUAACCAUUACACAGACAACACAACCUACCAGCAGUGUUUCAACAAGUUCCUUAACUCCAACAUCGACAGUUACAGAGACAACACCCACCAGCACUGCUUCAACAAGUACCUCCACUUCAACACCUUUAACCAUUACACAGAUAACAACAUCUACUAGCAGUGUAUCAACAAGUUCUGUUACUCCAUCCACAGUUACAGAAACUCUAUCCACCAGCACUGUUUCAACAAGUACCUCCACUUCAACACCUGUAACAAAUACAGUGACAAAACCUACCAGCAGUGUAUCAACAAGUUAUGUAACUCCAACAUCCACAGUUACAGAAACAGCACCCACCAGCACUGUUACAAGUACCUCAACGUCAACACCUGUAACCAUUACACAGACAACAACACCUACCAGCAGCGUUUCAACAACUUCUGUUACUCCAACAUCCACAGUUACAGAAACAACACCCACCAGCACUGUUACAAGUACCUUAACUUCAACACCUGUAACCAAUAAAAGGACAACAACACCUACUAGCAGUGUAUCAACAAGUUCUGUUACUCCAUCCACAGUUACAGAGUCACCAUCCACCAGCACUGUUUCAACAAGUACUUCCACUUCAACACCUGUAACAAAUACAGUGACAACAACACCUACCAGCAGUGUAUCAACAAGUUCUGUAACUCCAACAUCUGCAGUUACUGAGACAACACCCACUAGCACUGUUUCAACAAGUACCUCCACUUCAACACCUGUAACCAUUACACAGACAACACAACCUACCAGCAGUGUUUCAACAAGUUCCUUAACUCCAACAUCGACAGUUACAGAGACAACACCCACCAGCACUGCUUCAACAAGUACCUCCACUUCAACACCUUUAACCAUUACACAGAUAACAACAUCUGCUAGCAGUGUAUCAACAAGUUCUGUUACUCCGUCCACAGUUACAGAAACUCUAUCCACCAGCACUGUUUCAACAAGUACCUCCACUUCAACACCUGUAACAAAUACAGUGACAAAACCUACCAGCAGUGUAUCAACAAGUUCUGUUACUCCGUCCACAGUUACAGAAACUCUAUCCACCAGCACUGUUUCAACAAGUACCUCCACUUCAACACCUGUAACAAAUACAGUGACAAAACCUACCAGCAGUGUAUCAACAAGUUAUGUAACUCCAACAUCCACAGUUACAGAAACAGCACCCACCAGCACUGUUACAAGUACCUCAAUGUCAACACCUGUAACCAUUACACAGACAACAACACCUACCAGCAGCGUUUCAACAACUUCUGUUACUCCAACAUCCACAGUUACAGAAACAACACCCACCAGCACUGUUACAAGUACCUUAACUUCAACACCUGUAACCAAUAAAAGGACAACAACACCUACUAGCAGUGUAUCAACAAGUUCUGUUACUCCAUCCACAGUUACAGAGUCACCAUCCACCAGCACUGUUUCAACAAGUACUUCCACUUCAACACCUGUAACAAAUACAGUGACAACAACACCUACCAGCAGUGUAUCAACAAGUUCUGUAACUCCAACAUCCACAGUUACGGAGACAACACCCACCAGCACUGUUACAAGUACCUUAACUUCAACACCUGUAACCAAUACACAGACACCUACAAGCACUGUAUCAACAAGUUCUGUUAUUGCAUCCACAGUUACAGAUACAUCAUCCACCAGUUCUGUUUCAACAAGUACCUUAACUUCAACACCUGUAACCAUUACACAGACAACAACACCUACCAGCAGUGUUUCAACAACUUCUGUUACUCCAACAUCCACAGUUACAGAAACAACACCCACCAGCACUGUUACAAGUACCUUAACUUCAACACCUGUAACCAAUACAAGGACAACAACACCUACUAGCAGUGUAUCAACAAGUUCUGUUACUCCAUCCACAGUUACAGAGUCACCAUCCACCAGCACUAUUUCAACAAGUACUUCCACUUCAACACCUGUAACAAAUACAGUGACAACAACACCUAGCAGCAGUGUAUUAACAAGUUCUGUAACUCCAACAUCCACAGUUACUGAGACAACACCCACCAGCACUGCUUCAACAAGUACCUCCACUUCAACACCUGUAACAAAUACACAGACAACAACACCUACCAGCAGUGUAUCAACCAGUUCUGUAUCUCCAUCCACCAUUACAGAGACAACAUCCACUAGCAUGGUUUCAACAAGUACUUCAACUUUAACACCUGUAACAAUUACACAGACAACUAGUAGCAGUGUAUCAACAAUUUCUACAACUCUAUCCACAGUUACAGAGACACUAUCCACAAGCACUGCUUCAACAAGUACCUCAUCUACAACACCUGUAACAGUUACACAGACAACACCUACCAGCAGUGUAUCAACAAGUUCUGUAACUCCAUCCAUAGUUACAGAAACACCAUCCACCAGCACUGUUUCAACAAGUACCUCCACUUUAACACCUGUAACAAAUACAGAAACAACACCUACCAGCAGUGUUUCAACCAGUUCUGUAUCUCCAUCCACAGUUACAGAGACAAUACCCACUAGCACGGUUUCAACAAAUACUUCAACUUCAACACCUGUAACAAUUACACAGACACCUACCAGCAGUGUAUCAACCAGUUCUGUAACUCCAAUAUCCACAGUUACAGAGACAACACCCGCCAGCACUGUUUCAAUUACUUCUUCCCCUUCAACACCUGUAACCAUUCCAGAGUCAACAGUUUCUUCUACUGCUACUAUAACCACGAUUCCAGUAACAUCCACCACUUCAUAUUCUACUACUAUUACAUCCUCAAGCACUAUUACUGUCACUUCAACAUCUGGAUCUACUACAUCUCCGGUUCCCACGACAGCAAUCUUAACUGCUUCUACAUCACCCACCAAAAGUACCACAUUGCUAACCACAUAUAUCUCCUCAACAUCUUUUACAAGUUUUUCCACUCCAGAAACUCCUACUUCUACAACAACUGCUUCAUUAUCUACUGUUCCGUCAACUGUCAGCACUACUACCUGUUUCUGCAAGGUGAAUGAUGUUUUAUUUGCACCAGCGGAUAUAAAGUCCAAGCCUGAGCUUUCCCUCAGUCAUACAGCCAUAUGCGUUCAGUGGCACUGA